ACAAAAUUAAUUUAGAACAAAAUAGAUUUUUUUUAAGUUUAAAUUUAUUUAAAAAAAAACUGAUACCUAAUAGUUAAAUAUUCAUUGUACUGAAAAUGUUUUUCCGUCGCCUGCACAACUCGUCAGUAGCAUUAGAAAAAGUGAUUCCCACAAACUUAAAAGGUAAAUCGAAGAGCUCACAACAAUGGCUUAUGCGGCAGUUGAAUGAUCCCUAUGUUGAAAAGGCAAAGAUGCUGAACUACCGAUGCCGAAGUGCCUUCAAAUUGUUGGAAAUCGAUCAGAAGUAUAGCAUCAUAAAGCCAGGGCACACGGUAAUUGACUGUGGUGCUUCCCCCGGAUCUUGGUCUCAGUUAGCUGUCCAGCAGUCCAAUGCCGAUUGCUCUAAACCGAAUAAACCCAAAGGAAUGGUAAUAGGGGUGGAUCUUUUGCAGAUAUAUCCUAUAGAGCACGCCACAAUGCUGGGAAAUACCGAUUUCACCAAGCAGGAAUCGCAGGACAAGAUACGAUCUCUUCUGGGGGAAAGACAAGUGGACUGUGUCCUAUCCGAUAUGGCACCCAAUGCCACCGGGGUGCGUGCUCUCGAUCAGGAAAACAUAAUAACUCUCUGCUACUCAGUGUUACGGUUUGCCAUCCUGAUGUCUUCGCUGGAUGCUUCACUGCUGGUCAAAGUCUGGGACAAUGGGGAGGUUCCGCUGCUGGAGAAAAAUAUGCAAAAGUACUACCAACAGGUAAGACGUAUCAAGCCCAGAGCAAGUCGGAGCGAUUCAGCGGAACAUUUUAUAUUGGCACGAGGGUUUACUGGAGUGGAACGAUAGCGGAUUGGUUGGAAGAGGUAGAAUAGUAUUGGGCAAUUAUAUAUGUAUAUAGUUUAUCUA